AUGGCGUCGUCUAGCGCCAUCCGCUUCGUCACCGGCUCCAAAAAGUCCCCUCUGGGCUCUCUGCAUCUUCAGCUUCACGUGAAACCGGGAGCCAGCAAGAACCGCGAGGGUGUCAUAGCAGUGACAGAAGAUGCCAUUGAGCUGUGCGUCUCCGCUCAAGCGAGAGAGGGCGAGGCCAACAAGGCUGUUGUUCAGGUCCUCAGCGGAAUCCUCGGUGUGCCCAAAUCCAGCCUACAGUUGACGCACGGCAUGAAGUCACGCGACAAGACAGUUGUGCUUGGUGGGAUCAAAGGGGAUGGAGAGGACUAUGCAAAAACUAUCCGCGAAAUACUAGACAAGGCUGCUGAAGAUUAA